CAUUCCUCCAUGUCCCCCUUCUUUUUAUAGGGGGUGGGUGGGUGAGUGAAAUAAAUAUAUACACAUACACACAAAAUAUAUACAUAUAUAUAGAAAGAGAGUAUCAACUUUUUAUUUCACAAGAAGGAUAGGUUAUAUACAAGAAUACGUUUAUUGUCAUUUAAUUGAUCUACUUAAGCUAAGUGUGUCCAAGAAAUGUGAUGGAGCUUCAAUUGGGGCUUGCUCUAUGUGGCAAUUCAACAAAAGGGUAUAAUCUUGAUGACUUCAAAAUUAUUGAUGUCCAAGAUGAAAAUAAUGUCCAAGUUCUUCAAACUUUGCCUUUGCUUGUUUGGGACAAAGUUGAUGAUGAUAAUGAUCAAAACAAUGAACCUCAAAGAAAAGAUGGUGGUGAAGAUGGGGUAGUGGGGUGGCCACCAAUUAAUUCAUUAAGGAAGAAGCUCUGCCACCAGAGCCGCCGCGGCGUAAUUAACUAUGUCACGGUGGAGAACGGCGGUGUUCAUGGCGGCAGCAGUGGUGGCAGAGGAUCAAUUUAUAAGUAUGUGAAAGUGAAAAUGGAAGGAGUGGGAAUUGCAAGGAAAAUUGACUUGAGUCUUUUUCAAUCUUACAAGACACUCACUGACACCUUAAUUUCCAUGUUUGGAAAAAGUAAAGAAAAUGGUGAUGUCUAUAAACUUACUUAUCAGGAUAAAGAAGGUGAUUGGCUUCUUGCUGGUGAUGUACCAUGGAGGACUUUUGUUGGGUCAGUGCAAAGGCUAAAAUUGAUUAGAGAUGAAGAUUAUUGAUUAGUGGAAUAUAUUACUAUCCCCUUCUAUAUUUUAAUGUCUAUUUUAUUUUUACCUUUUGAUGUCUAGAAAGAUGUAAUCUCAAAUAUAGUUUUUAACUAUUUUGUGAAGAACUAGUUUAUGACAAACUCCCUUAAGUAUAAGAAAAAAAGAAAAAAAGAAAUUGAUAUAGUCUAUGAUAAAAUACUAGACACAUUUUCCCCAAAAGAAUUUUUUGCAUAC